CAAGCGAGCGACUGGCAGACGUGCAUUUGGCUAGGCUGCGAGGUGGAGAGCGCACAUCGGGACUAUCGUGGGGCGCAGCGAGCGCGCAAAACAGGACGGACGCCAUGCAGUCUCUCUCGGUGUUUGACGCGUUUGACGAGACGGCGCGGAGCACGGAGUGAAACGCAAGGUGGUGGCGCCAUCUGCUGGCCUUCAUGGAGCGGACGAGCGCAACUCAUCCAUACAGCAUGGGCCUCACGCAAGGCGAAGACCUGAUCUUACGGCAUUACAACCACACGGGCAAAUUUCGCAAGGGCGGCGACUCGAGCCUGAAAGCCGACUCCGUCAUCUUCAUCAUCGUCUGCUGCUUCAUCAUUCUUGAGAACAUUCUGGUCCUGCUGACCAUAUGGAGAACAAAAAAGUUCCACAAGCCCAUGUACUAUUUCAUUGGGAACCUGGCACUUUCGGACCUGCUGGCAGGAGUGGCUUACACGUGCAACAUUUUGUUGUCGGGCGCCAACACAUACACUUUGACGCGCCACCAGUGGUUCCUGCGGGAGGGCAGCAUGUUUGUGGCCUUGUCGGCCUCGGUCUUCAGCCUGCUGGCCAUCGCGGCCGAGCGCUACCUGACCAUGCUUAAAAUGAAACUGCACAACGGGGGCAAGACGUACCGCGUCUUCCUGCUCAUCAGCGCCUGCUGGUUUGUGUCGGCCAUUCUGGGAGGGCUGCCCAUAAUGGGCUGGAAUUGCAUUGCACAGCUGGACAGCUGCUCCACCGUCCUGCCUCUCUACCACAAGACCUACAUCCUGUUCUGCACCACCGUCUUCAGCAUCAUCCUGAUGGCCAUCGUUAUCCUCUACUCCAGGAUCUACGCUUUUGUGAGGAUCCGGAGCAGCCAGCUGGUUUUCAGGAAAUACUCCACCAGCCGGAGCAGCAAGAGCAGCGAGAAGUCCAUGGCGCUGCUCAAGACGGUCAUCAUUGUGCUCAGCUGCUUCAUCCUCUGCUGGGCGCCCCUCUUCAUCCUGCUUCUGCUCGACGUCGCCUGUCAAGUGAACACGUGUUGGAUUCUAUACAAGGCCGAGUGGUUCCUGGCGCUGGCUGUCCUCAAUUCCGCCAUGAACCCGCUCAUCUACACCCUGACCAGCAACGAAAUGCGCAGGGCCUUCCUCCGAAUGCUCCUCUGCGACUUCUGCAAGGGCACCGGCCCUGGGGCUCAGCUCAAGCGCUCCAUCAUCGGCGGCAAGGACUUCAGCCGCAGCAAGUCGGACAACUCGAGCCACCCGAACAAGGACGAGCCCGAGUCACCAGAGACGGUCGUCUCCUCUGGGAAUAUUAACUCGUCCUCUUAAAGGGGACGUAUGGCGGGCCGGGUGUGAAAACUGGAAGGACGAGGCCUGCUUUGGACACAAUGGGCCAGCACUUCAGACAGCCAGUGGCAGGCCAGGCAGCGGGACCCUUCCAUUGUGAAAAGAGACUGUGCCCACCCACUAGCCCGCCCUGGCACACGGCACUGCUUACACCCUCCUGGGGGGCCAAGACUAUUAAACUACAGUAGCCCUGCACUUAGGGAUUUUGAUGUUAAUUUGCACAAAGUCUGAUGGCUUCGGUUUUUAAUUUCUCUGUAUGGAAAAGAAGGAAAAAAAAACAACAACACACAGCUCUUGUUGACCGUCUGCUUACCUUGUACAGUGUAAAAGUAAAAACAAAUUAAUAUUAAUAAAAGAAAAAAAUAGCUUGGA